GUGAGAGCGCGAGCGAGGCCGAGGCAGCGCCGCCACCCGCAGGAAGAGGAGGUUUCGCUACUGGGCGACGCCGGACGGCGCUGCCUUCCCCGCGGUCCGCCUGCCUUCCCCGCGGUCCGCGCCGCCCUGCUCGCCACCGCGUCCCCGCCCGUCCCGCGCGCAGCAUGGAGGGCCGCUGACCGGACCCGAUCCGACGCGAUCCGACCGAUCCGCUCAGACCCGCUCCGGCCCGGCCCGAUCAGACCGCUGAGACCCGACCGGAUCCGAUCCGUCAGCCCGGCCGCGACCCCGGGACCGCGGGCCGCAGGGUAUUUUCCUGUGCAGAGGUGAAAGUCCUGGCCUCUGAGGGGAAGUGGUUACUUCAGAACCUUCAAUUAGUUUGAACUUGGGAAAAGCAAGACAACCAGUUGACAUUGUAAAACUCUCCAGGAUGACGGAAGAUGAUUCGUACCUGGGAGGGCACGAACAAAUGUUUCAUUUGAAUCCUCUGACUCAUGCAAUAUUUAACCCAGAAUUAUUUCCACCAGAGAUGCCCCUGCAGACAGCAGAUGGUCCAUUCCUUCAAAUAUUAGAGCAACCUAAACAGAGAGGAUUCCGUUUCCGUUAUGUGUGCGAAGGCCCCUCACACGGAGGGCUCCCAGGGGCAUCCAGCGAGAAGAACAAGAAGUCCUACCCUCAGGUCAAAAUCUGCAACUAUGUGGGCCCUGCCAAAGUCAUUGUUCAGCUGGUCACAAACGGGAAGAACGUCCGCCUGCACGCCCACAGCCUGGUGGGCAAGCACUGCGAGGACGGCGUCUGCACUGUCACUGCGGGUCCCAAGGACAUGGUGACCAGCUUCGCCAACCUGGGCAUCCUCCAUGUGACAAAGAAGAAGGUGUUCGAGACCCUGGAGACGCGGAUGACGGACGCGUGCAUCAGGGGCUACAACCCCGGGCUCCUGGUGCACCCCGACCUCGCCUACCUGCAAGCCGAGGGGGGCGGAGGUGACCGGCAGCUCACGGACCGGGAGAAGGAGCUGAUCCGCCAGGCGGCCCUGCAGCAGACCAAGGAGAUGGACCUGAGCGUGGUGCGGCUCAUGUUCACCGCCUUCCUGCCCGACAGCACCGGCAGCUUCACACGCCGCCUGGAGCCCGUGGUGUCCGACGCCAUCUACGACAGCAAGGCCCCCAAUGCAUCCAACUUGAAAAUCGUGAGGAUGGACCGGACUGCCGGCUGCGUGACUGGUGGGGAGGAGAUUUACCUCCUGUGUGACAAGGUGCAGAAAGAUGACAUCCAGAUUCGGUUCUAUGAAGAGGAGGAAAACGGAGGCAUUUGGGAAGGAUUUGGAGACUUUUCCCCCACAGAUGUUCACAGACAAUUUGCCAUCGUCUUCAAAACCCCGAAGUAUAAAGACAUCAACAUCACCAAGCCGGCUUCUGUGUUUGUCCAGCUUCGGAGGAAGUCGGAUUUGGAAACCAGCGAGCCUAAGCCUUUCCUCUACUACCCCGAAAUCAAAGACAAAGAGGAAGUGCAGAGGAAGCGGCAGAAGCUGAUGCCCAACUUCUCGGACAGCUUCGGCGGCGGUGGCGGCGCAGGCGCAGGAGGCGGGGGCAUGUUCGGCGGCGGUGGCGGCGGUGGCGGCGGUGGCGGAGCAGGGGCCCCUGGCAAUGCCGGACCAGGGUACGGCUUCCCACACUAUGGAUUCCCCACGUACGGCGGGGUCGCCUUCCACCCCGGGACCACGAAGUCCACCACCGGCAUGAAGCAUGAAACCGUAAACACUGAAUGUGACCAUGACCCUGCAGGCUGUGAGGCCUGCGAAGAUGGGGAGGUGAUUAUAGCCCCAGAGCUCGAGGAGGAGGCAGGUGCACCCAGCCCCGGGACCCACAGGGCACCGCUGACCGGAGCCGUGCGCAGAGAGGACGAGGGGACGAGGUUUCCGGACAACCUCUUCCUGGAGAAGGCCCUGCAGCUCGCCAAGCGCCACGCCAAUGCCCUCUUUGACUACGCGGUCACGGGGGACGUGAAGAUGCUGCUGGCCGUCCAGCGCCAUCUCACUGCAGUGCAGGAUGAGAACGGCGACAGCAUCUUACACCUCGCCGUGAUCCACCUCCAUGCCCAGCUGGUGAGGGAUCUGCUGCAGGUGACCGCGGGUGUGAUUUCCGAGGACAUCAUCAACAUGAGAAAUGACCUCUACCAGACACCCUUGCACCUGGCGGUGAUCACGAAGCAGGAGGACGUGGUAGAGGACCUGCUGCAGGCCGGGGCCGACCUGAGCCUGCUGGACCGCUUGGGCAACUCUGCACUGCACCUUGCCACCAAGGAGGGCCAGGACGGAAUCCUCAGCAUCCUGCUCAAGCACCGGAAGGCGCCGCCGCUGCUGGACCAUCCCAACAGGGAAGGCCUCAAUGCCAUCCACAUUGCCGUGACAAGCAACAGCCUGCCGUGUCUCUUGUUGCUGGUGGCCGCAGGCGCCAACGUGAAUGCCCAGGAACAGAAGUCGGGGCGCACGGCGCUGCACCUGGCGGUGGAGCAGGACAAUGUGUCCCUGGCCGGCUGCCUGCUGCUCGAGGGCGAAGCCCACGUGGACAGCACCACGUAUGAUGGGACCACAGCGCUGCACAUCGCGGCAGGGCGAGGCUCCACCAGGCUGGCCGCGCUGCUCAAGGCUGCAGGGGCGGACCCCCUGGUGGAGAACUUCGAGCCCCUGUGCGACCUGGAUGAGUCCUGGGAAAGGGCCGGAGAGGAUGAAGGCGUGGUGCCGGGGACGACGCCACUGGACAUGGCGGCCAGCUGGCAGGUGUUCGACAUCCUAAACGGGAAGCCGUAUGAACCCGAGAUCACGGCCGAUGAUGUCCUGGCCCAAGGGGACAUGAAGCUUCUGAGCGAAGAGGCCAAGCUGCAGCUCUACAAGCUGCUGGAAGUCCCCGACCCAGACAGAAACUGGGCCACGCUGGCCCACAAGCUGGGCCUGGGCAUCCUGAACCACGCCUUCCGGCUGAGCCCCUCACCGUCCAAGACGCUCAUGGACAACUAUGAGGUCUCCGGGGGCACGGUCAAGGAGCUGGUGGAGGCCCUGGGACAGAUGGGCUACACGGAAGCCAUCGAAGUGGUCCAGGCCGCCUGCUGCAGCUCGGGGGCCCCCAGCCCUGUGAAGGGCACCACACAGGGCCCCCCGCCUGCCCUGUCGCUGUCCCCGAAGAUGGAUGAGCUUCGAGACCAGGACAGCAUCUGUGACAGCGGUGUGGAGACCUCCUUCCGCAAGCUCAGCUUCACGGAGUCCCUGACGGGCGGCAGCCCCUUGCUAACCCUUAACAAAGGGCCCCCCAACUUUGGGCAGGACGGACCCAUAGAGGGGAAGAUCUAGCCGCCGCGAAGGCCACUCCGUGCAACCAAAGCCCGAAAGUCCAGCACCUUGCCAGAGACAUGGAAGGCCGGGCAUCCAGAGGCGCUCACGGAAAGGCAACCCGGAGCCAUGGGCCACUGAGGGGCUCUGAGCCUGGCGCCCAGCUGGGUCCUGAUGUCCAGACAGGAAGCCCCCAGCAGGCGCAGCCCUCGGAGCCGCUAGCGUUCCCGGGCGAGGGACACGCUGGUGUCGCUGCCGCUGGGUCACAGCUGCUUUCUCUUCCGUCGCUGCUGCUGCCGUCCCUCUGCUGCUGUCCCUCUGCUGUGUCCCCGAGACCCUCCCAUGGCCGCCCAGUGUCUUUCUAGCCGCCCAAGCACAGUUUGUGCACUCAGAUACGAAGGAAGGAGGUAUUUGGGGACGAGAGUCGCUUGGUGUACGAUAGAAAGGCUGCGCCGUGAUUCACAAAGCACGCACUUAGCAAUAUUUAAACAUGGUUCCAAUCAGGGCUGAAAGUGGUAUUUUUCCCUCCCUUUUCUGCAUUUUGCUAUUGUAAAUAUGUUUUUUAGACCAAAUACUUUAAAGGAAAAAAAGUUGGAUUUAUAAAUGCUAUUUUUUAUUUUACUUUUAUAAUAAAAGGAAAAGCAAACGGUUGACCUCA